CGGGGCGUCUCCUGCAGUCCUGUGUCCCCAGGUACACACGACUUCAAGAAAAUGGGUUAAGUAGGAGAGAACCGAACCGACGGCCGAGAUUGGCGUCUUCGUUCUCGGUGCGCGAGAGAGGUGGUUGAAGUGAUACAGGAAGGGCCUUCCUUCUCCUCCUUUCUUUUCUUUUUGGCUUUCCUUCUCUGAGACUGUGUGUGAAUGAGCACUGCAGAGAACAGCUGAAGGCGUAUGCCGCUGCGGCCCAGUUUCUCUUAACUUUCAAAGGAAAGGGCUUCUACUUCGAGAACUUGAAUCCGCAUAAAAAAUUUAUUGCAUUUCAGCCCAAGUAUCUUACUUGGGCACCGGUGAUCGAAUAAUGAUAUCAAACUCAUCAAAAGCGAUGGCACGUGAUAGGAACGAAACCUCCGUGACAUCUGAGAUUGACACGAAUGCACCUCUCAAAACAGAAGCUAUUGAGAAAUGGAUGGCUUUUCCGACCAAAAGUUCUGAAAAGUAUUUGAAGCACAAUGAAAUAAUUGAGGAAUCUGAUUCGUUGGCAAGCAAUCAGUUACCAGAUCAAAGGGGGUCAGUAGUAAGAUCAGAGAAUGAUAAUCUUCGUAGCCGGAGUGCGGGCUCUAGGUCAUCAGGUGAUGGAGCUAAGAUUUCAAUGGAAAGAACUUCAGGCGAGUCAAGUUAUGCGCCGGACUCAAGUUUCCCUAGGGUCUCCCAAGAACUAAAGGAUGCACUCUCCACUCUUCAGCAGACAUUUGUCGUGUCCGAUGCAACCAGGCCUGAUUGCCCUAUUGUGUAUGCUAGUGCUGGGUUUUUCACCAUGACAGGCUACUCGGCUAAGGAAGUCAUUGGAAGAAAUUGUCGCUUUUUGCAGGGACCGGAAACGGAUAGACAGGAAGUUGCAAAGAUUAGAGAAGCUGUUCGCAAUGGAAAAAGCUACUGCGGAAGGCUCUUGAAUUUCAAGAAGGAUGGGACACCCUUUUGGAACCUUCUCACAGUGACACCAAUAAGGAAUGAUAGUGGGAAGGUUAUUAAAUUCAUAGGAAUGCAGGUUGAGGUCACUAAAUACACAGAAGGUCUUAAUGACAAAGCAUUGCGGCCAAAUGCGUUGCCAGUAUCCCUGAUCCGUUAUGAUGCUCGACAAAAGGAGAAAGCUUUGUCUUCGAUAACAGAGGUUGUCCAGACGGUAAGGCAUCCUCAUACCCACUCACAAGUUGUAGCAGAGCAUGAGUUUCCUGCGAAGCUCAAUGAGCAAGAAAACGUUUACAUCGACUCUCCGCUUCAAACACCUGCCGAGCUGAAAAGCUUCAAGUCACCGGGCAGACUAACACCCCUUAUAGAUGUCAAAAAUGAAUCAUCAAGAAUGAGCACUAGGAAAUCAGGCCGGUUGUCGCUAAUUGGGUUCAAAGGCAAGAAGCGAAGUUCUGUAGGAAGUCGGGAAUUGAAUAUUGAGCCAGAGAUUUUAAUGACCAAAGAUGUACAACGCACUGAAAGUUGGGAUCAUGUAGAAAGAGAAAAGGAGAUACGACAAGGAAUUGAUUUAGCUACAACACUGGAGCGUAUCGAAAAGAACUUUGUGAUUACAGAUCCGAGACUGCCUGACAACCCAAUAAUAUUUGCUUCUGAUAGCUUUCUCGAGCUGACGGAGUAUGCACGUGAAGAAAUUUUAGGAAGAAAUUGUCGGUUUCUUCAAGGACCUGAAACAGAUCAAGGAACUGUUGCAAAGAUAAGAGAUGCGAUUAGAGAACAAAGGGAAAUUACUGUUCAACUAAUUAACUAUACAAAGAGUGGAAAGAAAUUCUGGAAUUUGUUCCACUUGCAACCUAUGCGUGACCAGAAGGGCGAGCUUCAAUACUUCAUUGGUGUGCAAUUAGAUGGGAGCGAUCAUGUUGAACCCCUUCGGAAUCGUCUCUCAGAUACGACUGAGAUGCAGAGUGCCAAAGUGGUUAAAGCUACAGCUGAGAAUGUUGAUGAAGCUGUAAGAGAGCUUCCUGAUGCAAACUUGAGACCGGAGGACUUGUGGGCAAUCCAUUCCAAACCUGUCUUUCCGAAACCUCACAAAAAGAGCAAUUCUUCUUGGGUAGCUAUAGAGAAGGUUACCGGCAAAGGGGAAAGGAUUGGCUUGAAGCACUUCAGACCUAUAAAACCUUUGGGUUGUGGUGAUACUGGCAGCGUACACUUGGUGGAGCUACAAGGAACUGGCGAACUGUAUGCUAUGAAGGCAAUGGAUAAAUCAGUAAUGUUCAACCGAAACAAGGUUCAUCGUGCAUGCGUUGAAAGAGAGAUAUAUUCACUAUUGGAUCAUCCCUUUCUUCCAACGUUGUACGCUUCAUUUCAGACUCCGACGCAUGUUUGUCUAAUAACAGACUUCUGUCCGGGAGGAGAGCUGUUUGCGUUGCUUGACCAGCAACCUAUGAAGAUCUUCAAAGAGGAAGCUGCAAGGUUUUAUGCUGCAGAAGUUGUCAUUGGCCUCGAAUAUCUUCACUGCCUAGGAAUCAUCUAUCGUGAUCUGAAACCAGAAAAUAUCUUGCUCCAAAAGGACGGCCAUAUAGUUCUGACUGACUUUGAUUUAUCAUUUUUAACAUCCUGCAAUCCUCAAGUGAUGCAGCAUGCAACACCAUCAAAGAGGAGGAAACCAAAAGAUCAGCCUCCCCCAACCUUUUUCGCAGAACCUAGUACACAAUCAAAUUCAUUUGUUGGAACAGAAGAGUACAUAGCACCUGAGAUUAUCACGGGGGCAGGCCAUAGUAGCGCCAUCGACUGGUGGGCUCUUGGAAUUUUGCUUUAUGAGAUGUUAUAUGGGCGCACACCUUUUCGAGGAAAGAAUAGAAGAAGGACAUUUUCCAACAUUUUGCACAAGGACCUCACAUUUCCAAGCAGCAUUCCGGUUAGCCUAGCAGCAAGGCAACUAAUCCAUGGAUUACUCCAUAGAGACCCUGCUAAUCGUUUGGGAUCAAGUUCUGGAGCAAAUGAGAUCAAGCAACAUCCUUUCUUCUGCGACAUCAACUGGCCACUUAUUCGUUGCAUGACUCCGCCUCAGCUACAUGUUCCUCUUAAACUAACUGGGGAGGAACCAGACUCCAACCUGAAGGAUGUACCAUGGGAUGCCGAGGAAGUGCUCAUUCAGCGUCUUGAAAAAUUUUGAGGCGUUCAACCCACAAGGACUACCGAGUGCUCGCCUUCCUUGUCUCAGAAAGAUUCACCUUAAUCGGAUAUUCUACCAAGAUAAGCAUAAAGGAAAUGUAUCGGUAAUCAUGUACAGCAAUGAGAAGCAAUGAUUAUUAUUGCAUAGUUUCGGAAGUGUAGAGUGCAGUCUUGUGAUUAUCGGGCAAGUAAAGAAUACAUCAUUUUGUGGUUUCUUUGGAGUGUUUAUCAUGGUCUGAGUUGCAAUAAAAGAAUGAGAUACCCUUUCAGCAGGAACCAAGAAUGCAUAUUUUCCGCAAAUUAGAGAAAUUGUGUUAGAUAUUUUCGUAAAUCUACCAGAUCUAUCUAAUAUAUUUAAUUA